UCUUAGCGGAAAAACAUGGCCGCGCCCUAAGAGAUCAUGUUGGAUUAAUCUUUUUAUGCACGAGUAACACAUUUAUAGAGCAAAAUACAUUAAUACAUAGGUUUUUAUCUCUAAAGACUAAGUGUAAAAUGAAGACAUUUUGCGGUCGUGCAAAUCCAACAACCGGAGCGUUGGACUGGGUGGAGGAGAGCGAGGAAUAUGAUUAUCAUCAGGAGAUUGCCAGGUCUUGCUAUGCAGAUAUGCUCCAUGAUAAAGACAGAAAUGAGAAGUACUAUCAGGGCAUUCGAGCAGCAGUGAGCAGAGUGAAGGCACGCGGAGAACGAGUGGUGGUUCUCGAUAUUGGAACAGGGACUGGUCUGCUCUCCAUGAUGGCAGUGACUGCUGGAGCUGACUACUGCUACGCCAUAGAGGUGUUUAAACCCAUGGCACAGGCUGCUACUUGCAUUGUGCAGAGGAAUGGCUUCUCAGACAAAAUCAAGAUCAUCAACAAACAUUCCACUGAGGUUACAGUCGGACCAGAUGGAGACAUGCAAGAGCGAGCAAAUAUUCUUGUAACGGAGCUGUUCGAUACUGAGCUGAUUGGCGAAGGAGCAUUGCCCAGCUAUGAGCAUGCACACAUUCAUCUUGUCCAGGUAGGUUGUGAGGCUGUGCCACAUCGUGCUACAGUCUAUGCCCAGCUGGUGGAGUCUGAUAUGCUGUGGAAAUGGUCACAGAUUCUGCCUAUUGUGGUGGAUGGGCACAAACUGCUUCCCCCUCCUGCUGUAGUAGAGUGUGCAGGAGCGCCCUCUGUUUGUGACAUCCAGCUCAGUCAAGUGUCGCCACAAUCUUUCACUCCCCUCGGGCCCAUCUGCACCAUGUUCCGUGUUGACUUCAGCAAGCCAGUCAGCAGUGCUGCUCAGUCAUACAAAGCACAAUUCAAGGCCCAGACUAGCGGGAGGGCACAGGUGGUCUUAACCUGGUGGGAUAUCGACAUGGACCCUGAUGGAAACAUUGUGUGCACAAUGGCCCCGAGUUGGACCUACCCAGAACCUAAUUCUUACCCUUGGAGAGAUCACUGGAUGCAGAGCGUCUAUUUCCUCCCUGCAGAGAAGAACGUGUCUGAGGGAGAAGAGCUCAGUUUAACAGUCUCCCAUGAUGACUACAGCCUCUGGUACAGCCUUUCACACAGUCAACACCAUGAUGUCGAAGUGACACCUUUUCGGCCGUGCUGUACCUGUCAGGCCCAUCUGGUCUGGACAAGGCCACGCUUUGGGGAACUGAAUGAUGAGCAGAGGACUGAGAGUUACGUGAAUGCGCUACGCAGUAUUCUGAAACCAGACAGUGUUUGUUUAUCAGUCAGUGAUGGCAGCCUGUUACCCAUCUUUGCUCAUCUGCUUGGAGCUAGGAAGGUGUUUAGCUUGGAAAAUUCUGGAAUGGCAAAACAAGUGAUUAAACAGGUUCUACAAACAAAUUCACUGAACCAUGGAGUACAGCUAUUGGGAAUCCGGUCCGAGCAGCUCACAUUAGAUGAUUUGGAGGGAAAUCAGAUAUCAGUUUUGAUGGGAGAGCCGUAUUUCAGCACCAGCUUGUUGCCCUGGCACUCUCUUUUCUUCUGGUACUGCCGCACCUCUGUGGCCCGGCUGCUCCAGCCCAAUGCCACCAUUCUGCCCCGUGCUGCCACACUUUACAUAGUUGCUGUUGAAUUCAGAGAUCUGUGGAGAAUCAGAGUUCCUUGCGGUACUUGUGAGGGCUUUGAUGUCAGUCCCAUGGAUGAGAUGAUUCAGCGAUCUCUGGAUUUCCGUGAAUCUUGGGAGGCAGAGCCACACCCACUGUGGGAGUACCCUUGUCGUGCCCUGACCAAACCACACCCAGUCAUGAUGUUCGAUUUUACACAAUGUGUUCCUGAACAACCAAUCAGCAGUCAAGGAACUGUGCCACUCACAGGGAGAGGAUGUUGUCAUGCCGUUGCUCUCUGGAUGGAGUAUCAGCUGACAGAGGACAUCACCGUAAGCAUGGGCCUAUCAAAACCAAUUGACGAAGAGGGAGCUUGUGAAUGGAACCCACAUCGAAAACAAGGAGUGUUCUUCUUUGGCUCUACUAAUGAAAGUUCUGGAGAUGGAAGGGAAGAUCUCUUCUACAAUUUAACCUUUGAACCUCAUACUGGUGACAUUAAAAUGGACUUCUCUGUUACCGCACCUUGACCAAUGGCCAUGAUGGUCAGGACCCAAAUGAACUACGUCAUCAUCAGUUCACAUUUUGUUUCUAAAAUGAUGCUUAUCCAAAGAAUUCCUUACAUGAGUUUAUAGUUCUUUUAUCCUCCACAUAAUAUUCAUAUUCACAGUUAAUAAGCUUCAAUAACUUAUGUAAACAAUCUGUGAAGUAUUGAGAUGAACAGACAGAUUUUAUUACUUAGAACUGUGUGUUUAGAUUAGUUUGUGUGGUAUAUGAAAACAUAAAAUUGUGUGGAAUUACACAAGUUCCUUUCAUGCUGCUUUAAAUAGUGAUAUGACAUCUUGCCGUAUGAGAGGUGAGACAAAGGUCCAUGUAUUCUUUUAAGAUUUUAUUUAACAGCUUUUUUUUUUAGCUCAAAACAAUCACCUUAUAUUAUACAGAUGGCAAAAUACACACAGAGCUACUUAAAAAAAAAAAAACAUACACCCAAAGUGAAGAUUCUCUGUUUCUAAAUAAAGAUGUGGGAUGGAUUGAUACAUCAUUAGAGAUUCAUUUAUAUUUUGAGUAUGAAUUUGAGUGAAGUGCUGUUCAGUUGCUCUCUGGAUACUUAAAACUCUUGGACAGAUUAAAAAUGUAACAAUCUGAUGGAAUGAGACACUUCCAACUGAACUGUGCAUAAAUGUUUUCUAUUGUA